AUGGCCUUCACCAUCACACGCCUGGUGGAGACUUUCAUAGGCAUCUCCUGUGCCGUCCUGGCGGACCUUGUGUUCCAGCCAGGAGCGAGGCCGUCGGUGCAGGCCAGGGAGCAGCUCGCCCGGUGCAUCGCCGCGACUAUUGAAGAGGGUGCAGCAGGAGCUGGCCCUCCUGAGGAAGUACGCCGCGGAGGCCGGCAGCGAGCCCACCUACCUGUGGCUGCCGCCGUUCCAGGUGGCCUGCUACGACAAGAUCCAGGGCAGCCUCGGCAGGAUGGUGCAGCUGCUGCAGCUCUAUCACCAGGCACGCCGGCACCAGCAGAGGCCAAGGGCCAGGUCGUCGAUCUUGAGGCUGGGACUGCGGCUGGUGGCGUCGGCUGCAGCCGCUGCUACAAGGAUGACGAGGUGCUGGGCUCCUUCCUAGCGCAGGCACGAGAGGCAAAGCUGCUGCUGUUGAAUGACAACGACGACGACGACAGCGUUCAGCAACCAGAGGAGAGAUUGUUGCUAGUGUGCUGCCUGGGCUCCAUUGCCCUGUGCAUGGGAGAGAUCCUCAAGGAGGCCCAGCUGCUGGAGGCGCACAUCCUAGACCUCAACAACCUGCAACUCACCACUCACUGA